AUGGCCGCCUCGUAUUCUGCAGUGACGCAAUGUGACGCCCAAGUACAGUGCGAAAGUGUUGACUUUGACUUGCUUCCUGUUAUCAUCGAAGAUACAUGCGAAUCCGGCCCUCCCUUGUGCACUCGUGGACGAAGUGCUCGUCCGAGAAACUGCAAACAAAUUAGCACUGUGGUCCAGCGUAGGCCGCCAAAUCUGGGAAGAUCCAGAUCACCGGCGGAAUCCAGAAUCAAAAUUUCAGAUGAUCUAGAAAUGAUACUCCCGCAAGCUGGCAUUCGAGAUGCGCAGGUGAGUAACUACCGAGUCGCCGCUAGUUUCAGAGCUGCUGCGCGCCUGGAUUCACACCUGGCAGCUAUGUAUUUGGAUUUUUUCCGCGGCGACAUGCCGAGGAAUUGCAAGCUAUGCCAGCAGGUCUUCAGGAUGGGAGAGCUAAUUGCGGGUUACAUGCUCGAAGAUCUCAUGCUGCGCCCAAAGUGGAUCCACAUCAAAUGCGUGCGACGUGCACGGCUUCAGACUGUCGGGCAGCGAGUUUCCUACAAUCCUGCAAUCUCUGAAGCUACGCUGCAAGAAGCGCUCCUGGAUCUGGGACAUACGCCACGGCGGGCAGAGAAGAUGGUCCGCUGGAGCUACUUGCCAGCAUCGGUACACAGGUGGCCCAACCAGCUUGUACCUGCGGCACCCGAACCUGAACCGGUCGAGGACAGCCGUCCCAGGUCGGAGAAUUCGGAGCAGGCCAUUGCUGCUAUUCUAGCAGCACUUCCAUGCUCUCAAUUGUCAUCAUCUAUGGAAGCCUGUGCCAUAUGCCACCAAGUCAUGUCUCAGGGCGAGAUGAUAUGCUCUUUGCCAUGUGCUCACACAUAUCAUGUAGGCUGCAUUGAUUCGUGGUUGAGGAUUCGUACUACAUGUCCCCUUGACAACAGGGACAUUCAGCAAAUGCUGAUUCCGCCAGGCUGCAAAACGGCAGGAGAGUCGUUAUGA